CACGACUAAAUGAUGUACGCGUGCAUUUAAAAGUGCAAAACUUUGUGAACGUUUGCGAAUUUAUUGGAUUACUAUCAAUCCUGCCAAAUCAGGGACUUGGAUAAUAAAAUGGAUUUGAGGAUUAUUUUCCCAGUGUUAUCAAUGCUGUCUUCUGGAAUUUUUGAAUUGGUCACCCCAGCAUCUUUGAGUCAAGGGACAACAUCAGGCACGCCAACCUCUGUGCAUCACUCCAGGACUAAGCGAUGCUCCUGCGCAAGUUUUCUGGAUAAAGAGUGUGUCUACUUUUGCCACCUGGACAUAAUAUGGGUCCACACGCCAGAGCGAAUCGUGACAUAUGGACUUGGAAAUGCUCCACGCAAGAAGCGUUCGGUCACAGAACCUGUUGUGCCCAAACCACGCUGCAAGUGUGCAGAUAGCCAAGACAAAACAUGUUCUUCAUUCUGUCAACUGAACAAUGCAUUACGGUACAAGGCAGCAUCAGACAGGGUGAUCCCUGCCGCCCCGGGACAGCAAUGCAAACACAACCUGGCAGCCCAUCAGAGGACGAUUAGACGGGUGAAAAACACCGAACAGAUCAGCGAUGUUCCCUCCAGACUGAGGGCCGUCAAGAAGAUCCGUCUUCUCCUGGAGAAAUCUCGAGUGAGGUGGCACCACAGGGCCCGAUCAUGGGAGGCUGAAAAUGCUUCCUCCUAGAGACCGGCAUCCGUUUUUACACUUCGUUGAUCCACUUUAUGCAAAAGGAUUUAACUGAAUGUUGUCCUCACUGGAAUACCUGAAAAUACAUCCAUCUUGGAUUCGGAUGUGUCUGGGGCUAGUCAGCGAAUCAGUGAGGGCGUGCCAACCUCAGAAGGAGAUGCUGUCUGAACCAAACCAAACCUCAAAGUAUCUACUAACCUCUGCCAAAUGAUCUGAUGUAGGACUAGAACUCUUAAGCACAUGGGAUAUUUAACCCGAGAAACCACUACAUCCUCCAAAUGGGACUUUAGAAGGAACGUUUAAGAUUGAACUGACCUAAAGACCUUGCAUGGAAGAUACUUCUCUCAUGGGAUGACUAUGCUGUAAUUCAAUUAAUCAAACAGAGCUAUGGAUUCAGACACUUACAGACCACAGAAACCAAAGGCAAAAUGCCCCAUUAUGGAACAUGACCAUUCAAACACUACAAGCCAUAGACACUGGUGAAAGAAUAGCUCUGGUGUAAUAUGUGAUUAACUUUAUACAGUGUAAAUUAAGCUCUGAAAUUCCCUCGUUGCAUAUGGUUAUUGUUCAUACAUGUCAAAUAUGUAUCUUUAAAUAAGCCAUAUUGGCUAAAGAGAUUUUCAACAAUAUUUCUAUGAAAUUCUAACAUUUUAUUGCCAUUAUUGUGGUAUGUGUUGUUGGGUAAUAAAUCAUAUGCAUUAUUUAAACAACCCCAGUCGCUUGUCAUUUUUCAUCUGUUUUUAAAAACAAGGACUUUUAAUGUGCUCUAACAAUAUUUAAAACUUUGUAUCUGUGCAUAAAUGUAGU